AUGCUUUCUGCUCUCCGAGCCGCGCGACGUCCUCGGGACCAGGAUGCACGAGACACGACGAGCGACGAACCUAACGGGCUCAUGGACCUCUUGCAGAACCAGGACUUCCUUCCCGCCGAACUUCGUGCGGAUGACGCGGUACGCAAUGAGAGCGAUGACAUUUAUGACGACCUCCCGCCGUUGGAGGACUCUGGCCCAAGCACAUCGCGUACGGAGAGGCCGCGGUCUCCCGUGGACGCUCCCGUAGACUCGUCUGAUUCAGAGGACGACCUGCCUUCACUAGACCCACAAUCACCCUCUUCUUCAAGUUCUCGACUGUCUACCCGUGACGUUGGUUUGCCUAUCACCGGGGCCACCCCCAGCGACGUCCGUGCCUCGAGCCCCUCGGUUCGCGAAGCGGUACAUGAGGAUGCUGCGGCGUCUUCCUCGAGCCCUUCAGGACCUCCUAUUGCCUCUUCUCCGGGGUCGCGUACACGCUCGAGGCGGCCUCGUGCGACUUCCUCGUCACAAGCGGCCGCACUGCCGGAAGACAACGAGGAUGGGGCUGAUAGUGACAGCAGCAUGCCUACCCUGCAGACUGUAUCUGAUUCGUCAGACGACGAAGAAGACUCGUACGUUGCCUCAGACGAGGACUGGGACGACACGGACGACUUUUACAGCUCGGACCAGUUUGACGACGACGACGACGAAGACGACACAAACGGUCCUCCUUUCCCCUCCAAUCAUCCCUCUCAUACCUCUCGCGAGCCCAACUCUCGACGCCCAGCUCUAUUCGACCUCCUCCCCAACUUUGCUUCAAAUAUGACCACGAAUAGCGACGAUCUCUUUCAGUCUUUUCGAGAUAUGCUUGCGCGCGCGAGUAGCGUUCCGGCGAGUGAGCUCCGUGCACUCGACGAUGCCGACCACAUCCGGGCAGACGCCAUCCUCGCUGGUCUCGAGAAGGUACCAACUGAGCUUGUGCGACGCUACGAGAAGCUGCGUGCGGCCGAGGGGCAGAAUGCAGAUGGCUGCGCGAUUUGCCGUGAUGAUUUGUGCGCGGAAGAGGACAUCGUGUCCUUAUAUGCGGUGUUGCCGUUCCACCCUGAGGCGUGCCACCCGGAGGCGAGCACUGUUUUCGCAUUUCCGUGUGCCGGCAAGCAUCUCUUCCACGGCGACUGCCUCUCGCCAUGGCUUGCGCGGAAGACCACCUGUCCGUCGUGCAGGUUUGACAUCGACCCGCAUUCACUCACGCUGAAGAGGAACCGCGAGGGGCCAAACGCGGGGUUGGACAGCCAAGGUGGGCGUACGCGUGUGUGGCAGCCGCCGCAGGUAGAGUCCAUGAGCGACUGGCUCGACGCGGAGGAACGUGCACGGGCGAGCGGUGUGCCGCGCCAGCGACCGCAGCCCGUCAUACCUAGACCUGGACCAGCCGCGGCUGGUUCGCAUACAUUCGCUUCUGGUCUUGCUGCAGCACUCGCAGGGACCAACACCACGGGCACGCUCGCGCAGCUGCUCGACUCCCCUCGGCCGGACUCCCCCUUGACGGACUGGCAGUACGAUCCCAACACGGGCGCGAUCAACAUCCUCGCCGCCUUCCGCUCUAUCUCGGAGAUGCGCCAGGCAUACCUAGAGGCAGACCCCGUCGAAAGGCAGCGCCUAGAGGGCCUCAUCCGCGGCCAGGAUGCCGCACUCGCCGACGCUGGCGCCCCGCCAGUCCAGGUCCCCGAUCGUCCCCCGUCUGCACCCCCCAUCCUACUCUCGGAAGUGACCCCGGGCCUUCUUGGAACCCCUGGCCCGGCCGCUGCGCUUCCCGCCGGCGCCGCACCCUCGCCAACGCGCGCACGCACCCUCGCCGAGCAGCUCGAGCACGCUAUCAUCGGGAACGCAGAGCCCCCAUCGGCCAGUGUGCAAAUUCCCCCUGCCAUUGCGGAGCACUUCGCGCGUGAACGCGCCGAGGGCCGUCGGGUGGCCAUCGUGAUGCCGCCCGCAGAGGACAACGAGCCCGGGCUGGUGGAGCUACUCAUGCACCUCAACACGCGGCUUCGCGAGGCGCACCUGAACGGUCCGCCACAGACCGCCCCUACGUCGUUUGAGGAUGUGGCGGGCGCGCCUCCGCCAGAGCCAGCAGGAGAGGUGGAUGCGGAGGCCCCGGACGCUGCGGACGUCCCGCCGCCUAUUCAAGCGGAUCCGAACCAGGCACUACACGCGGAGGCACCUUUGGAGCUGGAGGAGGAGUACACACAUGCUCUACUCACCUCCGGACUUGUAGAACCUCAUGCGGGCGAUGCGGCUCCUCAGGAUGGGAACAACUGGAUCGAGGACCUGGACUAAUGCGAGGCCCGGAAAUUCCUCGUUGAUUAUCUGCUUGCGCUGGGUCCAGGAGCCCCUUGAUGGAUCGCCUGCACCCUCGAAGUUCGUGUUUCUUGUUCCUGAAGGUAGGGAUAACGGUUGGUUAAAUCGCAGUGAGCAAAGUUGUACUUUUUAGUGGGUGUACAGAUACUAUAGAUCCUUCUCCCGCAUGUUAGCAUCCCUGUCGUUCGUCGUCGUGCUUUUGUAACGCUUCUCGUAGCUAGCCUCGUCGUACUUGUACAAUCAUAAGAAUAUCCUAGAAGGAUCAAUGAC